CGAGGCGCGGCCGCCCCGGCCCCAGGCGGCGACCGGCCCUUUUUCUGGCGGCUAGAAGAGUGCCCGCACGCAUCCUGGCUCGCUCCGGGGGGCUGCGGCGACGAUGGCGCCGCGGCCCAAUGGGUGGGGGGGCGCCCCGGGCUGUCCGAGGUAAAGUGGAGAUACACGGAAAACUCAUCGAGGUGGAGCACUCCGUCCCGAAGAGACAGAGGAGCCGUAAGAUCCAGAUCCGAAACAUCCCUCCUCAUCUGCAGUGGGAGGUGCUGGACAGCGUCUUGGCUCAGUAUGGGACGGUGGAGAAUUGUGAACAAGUUAAUACUGAGACUGAGACUGCCGUGGUCAAUGUGACCUACAGCUGCAAGGAGCAGGCGAGACUUGCAAUUGAGAAGCUAAAUGGCUUUCAGCUCGAGGGGUACACCCUGAAAGUUGCCUAUAUCCCGGAUGAGUUGGCUGACCUGCCUGUGCCGCACUCUCCAGUUGUGCCAUCUCGCCGUGGUCACCACGGUCACGGCCAUGGCCACCACGGUCACGGCCAUGGCCACCACGGUCAUGGCCACGGUCAUGGCCAUGGCCACGGCCACGGUCACAGGGGACAUCAUAGACAGGGGUCCCCAGGAGGAGCUACAGGGCAGAACCACCAGAAUGAUAUUCCUCUUCGUAUGCUGGUCCCCACUCAGUUUGUUGGAGCCAUUAUUGGGAAAGAAGGUGCUACCAUUCGAAACAUCACCAAGCAGACACAGUCUAAAAUUGACAUUCAUCGCAAGGAAAAUGCAGGUGCAUCUGAGAAGCCGAUUACUAUCCAUGCUUCCCCGGAAGGGUGUUCAACUGCUUGCAAGAUUAUCAUGGAGAUCAUGCAGAAGGAAGCCCAGGAUACGAAAUUGCACUUCCAUGGUAUUUCAUCUCGGACCGCGCUUAGUGCAAUGCCUCGUACAUACACCGAGGAAAUUCCUUUGAAGAUUUUGGCCCAUAACAACUUUGUUGGCCGCCUGAUUGGGAAGGAAGGAAGGAACCUGAAGAAAAUCGAGCAGGAUACUGAUACAAAGAUCACCAUUUCACCAUUGCAGGAGUUGACUCUGUACAACCCAGAGCGUACCAUCACUGUUAAAGGUAGCAUUGAGACUUGCGGCAAGGCUGAGGAGGAGAUCAUGAAGAAAAUAAGGGAGUCUUAUGAGAGUGAUCUCAGUGCUAUGAAUGUGAGUUCUGAAAUACUGGAGCUUCAAGCCCACUUACUUCCCGGAUUAAACCUGAAUGCCCUGGGUCUGUUCCCACCCUCUGCUACUGCGAUGCCCUCAUCCUCCAAUUCGGGGGGUUCUUCAGCUGCAGCCGCUACUAACUACCUGGUGUAUGGGCAACAGGCUGAAAAUGAGACCGUUUACCUGUUCAUCCCUGCGAUGGCGGUGGGAGCCAUCAUUGGCAAGAUGGGCCAGCACAUCAAGCAGCUCUCUCGUUUUGCAGGAGCUUCUAUCAAGAUUGCCCCCGCUGAGACACCAGAUGCCAAGGAGAGGAUGGUGACCAUCACUGGACCCCCUGAAGCCCAGUUCAAGGCUCAGGGAAGGAUCUAUGGAAAACUCAAGGAGGAGAAUUUCUUUGGACCCAAGGAGGAGGUGAAACUCGAGGCCCACAUCAAAGUGCCCUCCUAUGCUGCCGGGAGAGUCAUCGGAAAGGGAGGAAAGACCGUGAACGAGCUGCAGAACCUGACCAGUGCUGAGGUGGUUGUUCCCCGAGAUCAGAUUCCUGAUGAGAACGAUGAAGUGAUUGUGAAGAUCACUGGCCACUUCUACGCAUGCCAGCUCGCCCAGAGAAAAAUCCAGGAGAUUCUGGCCCAGGUUAAGAGGCAGCAGCAGAUGCAGCAGCAGAAGAAUGCCAACGCUGCCGCCGCUGCCGCCGCUGCCGCCGCCGCCGCCUCCGCUGCCGCCGCAACUGGCGGUGGCGGUGGUGCUUCUGCCGCCCUCUCUGGGGCAAGUGGCCAGGCUCAGGCCAGGCGAAAGUAGAGAGAUUACAGGAAACGGCCCUUCUCAACAAAAGAUGCCAAACCAAAGUGGAGACUAAAUCUAACAGAUGGGUGAGGAAACACCUAUCCCUAAGUCACAAUUAGAGGUCUCACCUACCCAAAAGCUUAUUUGGACACCAGACAAAAUUUGAAUUUGUGUUUUAAAUUUCUAUGUAAUGUCCUCUCAAGUAUCCGGAACCUGGCUUUAAAAGAAACCAACAAGAAGAACAGCGACAUCAACAAGAACAAGAAAAUUAAGAGUCAUUUCCCUUGUGUUACAUUCUUGAAAUCUGUUGUAAAAGUGACUUGAUGUUUAUUGUCCUUGAUAUUCUCCUACCAUUUUAGAAAUUGGUUGAAUUAAGCUUUGUGUUCUCACCAUACCAACUUGAACAGAGAGAAAGAAGGGCAUUGCUCCUUACCCAUUGCUCAUCAAAAUAAUCCGUGGUAUGAUUAAUUGGCGGACUAGAAUUAUACCCAGUAAAUUAUCAACAAGAAUAAUUAAAGAUUAGAUAUAUGUAUCCCAAGCCAGUGGAAUUAAAAAAAAAAAUUGGUUGCAUUUUUACUAAGGGAAAUGUUGAGUUGUUGGCCAGGGCCUGGAAAGAAGAAUAUGCAUUUUACAAAACUACCUCAGACGUAGAGAGCACUUCAAAAAAAAAAAACAAAAAACAAACAAAAAAACAAACAAAAAAAAAAACCUUUUUCUUUCUUUUGGCAAUCUGUACAUUUGAUAAAACAAAGCCACGAAACUUUUUUUUUUAAAACAAAGCAGAUUUAAAAUCUGAUCGGCCAACAGUCAGAAACAAGAUGAGAUCAUUCGGAAAAGAGCAAGCAUAGCGCUCUGAGCUGGUGGUUGAUAGGAAUAGAAUUGGAAAACAAAACUUCAGGCCACCUAAGGCUUCUGCCACCAAAAUUUACCAAAUUUAGUCAAUGUUCCAAGAUGCUAAACAAUGCCAAUAGGAGAGCAGCAAUGCUACUUAGGAUUUUUCUUUUAAAAUGGGCUUUAAGAAACUUGUCCUCUUUUGGGAAACCAAACCAAGAAGUGAUGGCGAGAUGCUGGGGGUAGAGGAGAUGGAGCUGAACUAGCUCCAAGAGACUGGACUGUUUGCGCUCCUUGAUUAGAUGCAUGAACUCUUUGUGCCUUUGACCAUCACUGCCUAAAGAAAUGAUGCUUCAGUGUAGAUCCAUGCAGUCCGUGUGGAUGUUCCUUGUGUUCAAAGAGCUAGCUUCCUCUUUAGUUCUGUAGGCCAUGUGAUCUGUUGGGCCAUUUCUGGUGCUUGUUAUGUUUUUAGGUGAUCACAGCUGUUAGCAGCAUGACCAGGAAAGGGCAAGGAAGGCCAAAGAUAUAUUUAAAGAAAAGGAAAGGUGACACAUCCAGCCAGUCACGAGCCACACUAAACCACAUUGAAAGUUUAAAAAUGAGCUAAACAAGAAAAAAAAAACCAAAAGUGUUUAAAAAAACAAAAGGCAAAAAAAAGCAAACAAAAAAAAACAAACAAAAAAACCCCCAAAAAACUAAAAUAAAAUAAAGCCUCCUAGUCUGGCAAAGAUAAAAGACAGUAGGAUUUAUAGACAGUAUGCAACCAACCAGCUGAAAAUAAAAUAGUCAAAAGACAGGGAUGUAGGAAAGCUAAAUUUUCUCUCCAAUUUCAAAAAAUGUAAAUUGAAAAAAAAAAAAUGAUUGUGCUACUACGCA